AAAACAUCCACAGAUUCCGAAGUGCGGAUUCUUGAGCAGUGCAUCGCCGAGGAGGACCAACUGAUCGGGGCGCAAGAACAUUACCGAGAAGAAUUCAACAACUCGAUCCGUAUGACCCAGCUGAAGGCCGACGAGAGAGAACAGAAGUGUAAGGAUUUUUUGAAAGCCCAGCUGCGUCUGAAUAACAUCAUUGCGGAAAUAAAAACAAAAGACUUUGAAAUCAGGGAGCAUACCAAGAAACAGAGAGAAAUUCAGAGACAGAUGAGAGAAUUUGCCAAACUGUACGACGUCGUGCGACACGAGAGAAACAAACUGGUGAAUCUGGUGCACUGCGCGCGCCAGAAAACGAACGAAAUGAAAGAUAAAGUCAAAAUGCUCGACAACGAGAUGGAAAUUUUAAGGAACAACGCCGUCAUCAAAGAGAGGAAACUGCAGAAAUACCAGAUGAAGUACGCAAACAACGUGGCCAUCAAGGACAGCAUCCAGAGUGACGUUUGCAAGGUCUGUCAAAACCUCCAGGAGAUGAAGGAAAAACGGGAGCAGCAGCUGAUGGACGUCGAGAGGUUGACCAACACCCUCACCCACAUCGAGGAGGAAAUGGUCCAGUUGCGUAAAACGUACGAAAAGGCCGUUCAGCGACGGAACGAAAGCGGGGUUCAGCUCAUCGAGCGGGAGGAAGAAGUCUGCAUUUUUUAUGAAAAAAUCAACAUUCAGGAAAUGAUGAGCCGCAACGGCGACAUCGAGAUUAACGUGAUGGACGAGAAGAUACGCUACCUGAAGCUGAAGCUGAUAGAGAAAAAAAGGCAGAUUGAAUUAUCCGUGAAAAUGUUGCCCACCAAGAGGACUCUCGACGCCGAUUUAGUGGUCCUUCAGAUUCAGUUUUCCCAGUGCAAGGACAAAAUCAAGAGCCUGGAGAAGCUGUUCACAGACCCGGAUCGAGAAAACCGGACCAGGCCCUUGCCUGGAAAGGACCCCUCCGUCCAAGACCUCUUCAAAAAGAUAGAGGAGUUAGAAAUUCAUCUGACUCGGAAAGAGGAAAGACUGCUGGAAAAGGACUUUAUUUACGAGCAAGUUUCUCGGAUGACGGAGAAAGUCAGCGUCAAGGCAGAAAACAGCAAGGAGGAGACGUUAAUCCUGGCUAAAAAGAUGAACGUGCUUCAAGAGAAAAUAAAGAGCACCACCCAGAAGAUAAUGGCCCUCAUCGCGGAGCUGUCCAUGCAUCAGGCAGUGGCCAUUAACCUGCAGCAAGAGAUGCGGGACAAAGAGCAGACCGUGCUGUCUGUGGUCUCCCGACUGGCCAAAGGCCUUCCUCCUCCCAGGGACAUCGAACAGGAUUGGCUCCGGGUUCUGCGGGAUGAAAAAAUGCAUCAAAUAGCAAGCGAAGCGCGAGAAAAACAGGCUCUGGAAGAAGAACAGGCAGCCCUGCCCACCGCCAUCCACACAACGGCGGAACAGCGUCCCAACGCCUACAUCCCCGAUGACGAAAACGUUCUCCCGCUACCGAGGCCUUACGGGGCGCUGGCGCCGUUCAAACCCAGCGAGCCCAGCGCGAACAUGAGACACCUCAGGAAGCCAAUCGUGAAGCCCAUCGAAAUCUGAGCGACUCAACUUUUGUGGAAGGAGAAAACUGCUGGCUGAGGAGAAAUGCUCCACUUUUUGACUCGACACAAGGGAGUUCCUUCGGAGUACAAGAGGCGGGCGUGAAAAUGUGUGGCUUCAGAGCUCCGGGAAUGUUUUUGCCUUCUUGAAACUUCCUGACUUCUGAUGAAA